ACGCGGGCAAGCAUGCGUCCAGUCCACACUCUCAGCUUUCUCUCACUCGGUCAUUUACCCUUCUUCAAUUAGAUUUUAACUGCCGGUUUAAAACAACUUAAUAAUUAACUUUUUACAUGAUUCAGCUAUAAAAUAACAACAGCGCAGGUGAAGAAAAACUAGUGGUCAGCCUGUUCAGCAGGAAGGAAAGAACUCAAUCUAGAAAUGCCUCCACAGUCGAAAAGUAAAACAGGUGUCGUUGCAGGCUCAAAAGGGAAGAAGAAAUUCAAAAGAACGUUCAAGUUGGCGUCGGAGUUUCAGGAAGUUUUACUUUCCUCGCAACUAGCUAACGAAAAAGGGGGAGGUUCUACCUUGCGGGAUACGCGAUUAGCCUGUAGCGAUGGGUCGAUCGAUGUACAUGCGACCUUCUUGGGAGCUGUGUCACCAUUUUUUGCGAAAUGUCUUGAAUCUCAGGGCGACUCAUAUCUCUCGCGUCGCAACAUUAUCCUCCCAGACUGGACCUUAGCCGAAAUUAAGCCAAUGAUUCAACUCCUCUACGCCGGCGAGGUGAAAGUCGUUUCAGAGGAGGAUGUCGACAAAUUGCGUGGUUUACUGGCGUCUUUCGAAAUCAAUAUCCAAGAAGAUCUCACUACCAAAAAGGCUGCUGUAACCACAGCCAGUAAAUAUGUGGAGAUUCGGUGUAAUAAUACAAACUCAAUCACAAAGACGAAAAAAAAGAAGAAAAAGAAAAAGACAACUAAUAAUAUCGAAAAUGAACAACCUAUCGCUAAGAUUACCCCUACUGACACCACUUCCACUACUUUAACACAAUCGGAUAAAUUGUCAACAGUUUCUACUCAAGUCAUUAUCACCACAUCAAGGCGAGGGCGACGAAUAGAAAAGAGAAAGUAUAACGACUCUGAUUGGGAACCCGACACAGAUGACGAGAAUGGAAGUAAAAGAAAAAAACCUGACAACAAUAGGACCACCACUACUAACUAUUCAAGGACAUCCUCCACAUCAAAAUUAACACGGACGACAAGAAAUUCAAGUGAAAGUAGAGUUAGUACCAGUGUGGAAUCAUCACAAUCUCCGUCCGUCCCGCAAGUUGACACUUUGAAUGAUCAAUCGUCAGACAAGGUCAAGCCCAUCGACGGAAAAGCGGAUAAGCAGGCAACAAAGGUAGACGAAUGGAGUGAACCGGAUUACACCGAUAAAGCCUGGUUUGCCCAUCAGGCCAAGUCAUGUCAAGAGUGUGACAAGGUGCAUGACGGACCAGCUACCGCGUCCUUGUGUAUAACGGGUCAUGCUAAACUCCGAUGCUACUUUUGUUUCAAAGUGUGCAACAAUACAGAACACUUGUUCGAACAUUAUCGCGCCCACCAUAAACAAGCUGGGCGAGAUGCAUGUCUCCUUUGCCCAUAUUGCGACCAGACAAUUCCAUUCAAGUCAGUCUCCUCCCAUGUCAUCAGCCUACACUUGCAUGAUCCAACUGUCACUCAAACCACAGCAAAUGACACUGCACCAGCAACAUCCAAUACCAAUACCCCAAAUGUGACCCCAACCACUACUGGAGAAAAUACUACGCCAUCACCGGCGAUAUCGACACCUGCCUCAAAGGCUUCACCCAUCGUGCGCCUCCCACCUCCCAAAAGUCGUGGGCCUAUGCGCCCCGUAAUCACCAAUCCCACGAAACCACUAAUCGUUUCUCUCCCAAAAAAUCUCGAAAAAGAUAAAAAUGCUCAUUUUCCCACCCUGGUGAGAAAUAAAACCUUAUCGAGGAUGGAUGCUGACGGAAAAAUUUACAGGAAUAAGGUGGACAUUACCGUAAGGCGAAAAGGAUUGGAUGGAAAGAUAUGGGUGUGGCGGGUCGCGAAAAAUUAGCAAUCAAUAUAAAUAUUGCGGUACAUCGAUUUCUAAAUAUGUGUGUUUUCUUACUCUAUUUUAUCCUGUAGACUUCAUGAAUUUGUGUCUUACAAUUAUUGUUCUGCAUAUAAAUUAGACGCCUUAUGUUAAACUUAACUGCAAUUAAAUUGAAGACAUUAUUUACAUUUACAUGUACUCUUA